CUGUGCCUGCUACAUACCUACAGAGGUGCACUGCACAUUCCGCUAUCUCUCCACCAUCCCACCGCACAUCUCCCAAGAUGUGGAACGCAUCAAUUUAGGAAUGGGAAGCCGAAUCCACGUACAUCCCAAUGGGUCCCUGGUUAUUGAGGCGGUCACAGGAAAAGAUGCUGGCGACUAUUUAUGUGUGGCAAGAAACAAAAUGGGAGAUGACCUGAUCCUGAUGAAAGUUAGCGUGACAAUGAAGCCUGCAAAAAUUGACCAAAAGCAGCAUUUUAAGAAACAGGUGCCUUAUGGGAAAGACUUCAGAGUGGACUGUAAAGCUUCUGGAGCACCGGAACCAGAGAUAUCUUGGAGUCUGCCAGAUGGCACAGUGAUCAACAGUGUGAUGCAAGCAGAUGACAGUGGGCACAGGUCUCGGAGGUACACUCUGUUCGAUAAUGGAACUCUGUACCUCAACCAAGUCGGAAUAGCUGAAGAAGGGGACUACACGUGCCAUGCUCAAAAUACGCUUGGAAAAGACGAGAUGAAAGUCCACAUAACCGUAGUGGCUUCUGCACCUUAUAUCAAGCAGACCUCUAACACCUAUUCAAAGGUGAGAGCGGGAGAUACUGCGACGUUUGACUGCAAAGCCAUUGGAGAGCCUAAGCCAAAAAUAUUUUGGCUGCUCCCUUCUAGUGACAUGAUUUCCGCCUCCAAUGACAGAUAUUUACUGCACGUUAAUGGAUCACUGUCCGUCACUAAGGUGAGGUUGUUAGAUGCCGGAGAAUAUAUAUGUGUUGCACGCAACUCUGGUGGAGAUGAUACAAAGCUCUAUAAACUAGAUGUGGUCUCUAAACCACCUCUUAUCAACGGCUUGUACACAAACAAGACUGUCAUUAAAACAACAGCCAUUAAGCAUUCAAAGAAGCAAAUAGACUGUAGAGCUGAAGGAACACCCCAGCCCCAAGUCAUGUGGAUCAUGCCUGACAAUAUUUUCCUGACAGCCCCAUACUAUGGGAGCAGAAUAACAGUACACAAUAAUGGGACGCUCGAAAUUCGUAAUGUGAGAUCUUCAGAUACAGCAGAGUUCAUCUGUGUGGCCCGUAAUGAUGGGGGAGAAAGCAUAUUGGUGGUCCAGCUGGAGGUGUUAGAGAUGCUAAGACGUCCAAGGUUUAGAAAUCCUUUUAAUGAGAAAGUAAUAGCAAAGCCUGGGCAAACAAUCUUAUUGAAUUGUUCUGUCGAUGGCAACCCUGCUCCUGAAAUAAUCUGGAUGUUACCAAAUGGCACAAGGCCCUUCAGGGGUGUCAGAACGCCUCAGUACUACUUGGGAAGCAAUGGCACCUUCGUUGUCUAUAGUGCUUCUAAAGCAGAUGCAGGCAAGUAUCGGUGUGCAGCUAAAAACAAGGUUGGCUACAUUGAAAAACUGAUUGUAUUGGAAGUUGGCCAGAAACCAACCAUUGUGACUCCCUCAGGAGGAGCAAUAAAAAGUAUUAGUGGGGAAUCAGUAUCCCUUCACUGCCUUGCUGCUGGGAGUCCCAAACCAAGCAUCAUAUGGACAGUACCUAAUGGCUAUGUUCUAGACCGGCCUCAAAUUAAUGGAAGGUAUACAUUAAUGGAAAAUGGUACUUUAGUUAUCAGAGAAACAACCAUUCAGGACAGAGGAAGAUACGCAUGCAAUGCUCAGAAUGAUGCCGGCGAUUCAACAAUAGUAGUUUUUGUAAUGGUUGUAGCUCAUCCAGCACGGAUUACAAACAGACCACCAAGGAACAUACGCACUGUGGCUGGGACAUCAGUUCAGCUUAACUGCAUGGCGUUGGGAAUACCAAAUCCAGAAAUUACAUGGGAGCUGCCCGACCACUCACUACUUUCCACAGGCAGCAAAGGCCGACCAUCUGGAAGUGAACUUCUUCAUCCACAAGGAACGUUAGUCAUUCAGAAUCCAAAACCUUCAGAUUCUGGCACAUAUAAGUGUAUGGCUAAGAACCACCUUGGCAGCGAUUCCAUAGUAACAUACGUUCAAGUCAUCUGACAUGAUAAAUAAUACUCUGAACAACUGAUAACCAAAGUCUAAUCUGGACAGAGUUUGAUCUUUAAAAACAUUUAAUCAAAAACAGAAGCCUGCUGGUCUUAAUAAAGUUU